GCCGCGCGCGCACUAAUGGACCCGCCCGGUCGAGCCCCGUCCGUGCACCCCCGUUACAGGCGAGCACUUGGUACAGCCCGUUGGCGCUCCUCUGGCUGCCUCGCCACUGACUCAGUAGUAUCGCAGCAGUCCGCCCGAACCCGCACGCGCACCCACGGUGAGAACGUAUUACGAGCGAGUAGCAAGGAAGACGCCGAUAAAUCUGCAGCGCCGCCUCCUUUCUGCUUUCCUGACAUGACCCUGUUCGGCCCGCGAUACAUGAGCAUGAGUGGGGAGCUGAAGUCCAGCCGCUCCAGGGCAGCGAGUAAGAGGACCAGCAACACCAUCUAUGGAUCCGAGUUCGACCUGGACUACGACAGCUAUCACGAUGACUACUAUGACAGGGUGUAUGACUACCAGCGUGUGCCAGCUUCCUUGUCUCCUCUGCCCCUGGGACCCAGUUUGGCCAAGCGUUCCCGUUCCUCCUCCCACUCCUCUGGGCACAGACGCAGUCGAGACAGAACCCACUCCAAAAGCUCCAGAGCCCACUCCACCAGUUCAACCGCAGCAAAGUUGGGCAUGGAGGAGUUGCAGGUGAUUAAAAAGGAGCUGACUCUUAUAAAGACACAGAUCGAUGGGCUGCUUGACAGUCUUGACAGGAUGGACACGCAGAAGAAUGACCACAAAGGGUCCCCCCUGAGAGAGCACAGUCCGGUUGGAUCGCCAUACGCCCUGUCAGCCAGCCCAGAGCGCUCCCUCUCUCCGCCCAGCUCCCGCCAUCGAAUCCAUAGGGAGAGCCCUGACCCGAGGGAGCCUGACGACGGCCGCCACACGAUGAGCAAUCACAGCUCUGAUCCCGAGGAGGAAAUAUGAGGGAGCACAAUGAGAAGACACACAGGACGUGGAUUAAGUGCCAAACAUUAAGGAAGAGAUCCAAGACAACAAUCACAUCCUCCAGUAUCAUGUACAGUACAUAUCAGAUAACACAAUACAUGUAAUUGUAUCACAACAGCACAGUGUAACUUUUAGUGAACACAAAAUAACUCAGAUGAAUUAUAGAGUACACAGGAAUCUGCUUGACAAGAAUUUGGUGGGUAGAUUUUAAAGAGAGAGCAAAGUGUUGAAUUAAACUAUUGUAUAGUGUUUGUUGGUUCACAAACACUGAUAUCCCACCAUCCAAAUAAAUAUGUAUAAAUUCUAAUAACUGCAAAUUCUUUCUAAAAACCAGUUUAAUAUAAUCACCUUAGAGUCUUCUGGAAGCAGGCACAAUAUACAAACAUCAGGUGAAACACACAGUAAUGUUUUUGUGUAGAAAUUUGAUUAAUCAGUACAAAUAUAUUUCUUCAUUGUCAACAGCAAAGUGAGACAUGAAUAAUUACUAAAUUGUCACUAUUUCUCAUUUACAGUAAACAUGUUUCUGAAUAGAAUUAAUUGUAGGUAAUACAGUCAGUACAAGAAGAGCAAUAUGAAUAAAGCAUCGUCUGACUUCACCUGAUCGCUACAAUUAACCAUUGUUAUUGUAAAAUUUAAAUAUUAGUAUAAAGAUAUUUCGUUGGAAUAUUGAAUGUACUGUAAAACAAGCCUCCCCUGUUGUUGAGCUCAAAGUAUUUGUGUUUUCUGUUGACACGUAGCCACUUUGUUGUAUGUUUUAAAGAUGUAGGAAUUUAACUACUCAAAGAAAAUUACAGUUGUUCUGAGAGAGAGACUGAAUAAUCACACAAAUCCUUCAGGACAGAAGCACUUCCAAAUAAGAUCCUCAGUAAGACGUGUCCCAGGAAUGACCUUUAUAGAAAUCCACUCUACACUCUAAAUGUACUAUAGUAUUGUUACAUCUCUCUUCCAUGUUUUUGGCACUUUCUGAUGGUGCACAGACCCAGGUCAGUGUGUAAUAUUGUGUAUUAUUGUAAACUUUACUGUAAUUGUUGAGCUGUCUGAUUUUAAUCUUGCUUUAUGACUUCGCAUAUGCUUUUUUUAAAUGACGAUGUUACUAUAAUUCUUCUUCUUGUUUGCAAUCUUAAGAUACUGGAAGUCAAGUGGAAAUACUCAAUGUCACUGUAGUAAAAGUAUUUUCAUACUGACUGAAA